GCCAGCAGUUGACUGCGUGUGGUGGAUGAGGGUAGAGCGAGCUGGGUGAUGAGGUCAGGCUCACCUCUCAUGGGACCAGCUGUCGCCCUCACCACUCAACCCAACCCGAUAUUAACCACGCGCGUCCUUAUUUAAUAUUCUCGUCGAUGUAAUUUAAUAUUUACCACCCGUGGCGUGAGUCGGACAGGGGUACAUUUGGUGUUAGAAACGUCGAGCAGUGAGGUGCCUCCACAUAGACGCACUCUGAAGCCUCAAACAAACAUUAUACACUCCCCAACUAAACCAACCCCCACCUACGUUACAGCGUGAGAAUGAAGAUGCACACGAGUUUCUGGGGUGCAACUUUAUUGCUGUUGUUUGCACUGGGUGUCAGAGGACAGUCCAGAGCCAAGCUGGUGAAUAAUGGAUAUGAGGAUGUGGUUGUGGCCAUUUCUCAGGAAGUGGAUGAAAUGGAUGGACCCGACAUUAUUGCAUCUAUUAAGGAAAUGAUCCAAGAGUCAUCAAGGAGACUGUACAGAGCAACACACACUCGGGCAUAUUUUCGCUCAGUGAAGAUCCUUAUUCCUAAAUCUUGGACCAAUACUAGUGUUAUUGGUAAUGCCCUCAGUGAAAAUUUCCAAAAUAGUGAUAUUAGAGUGGACAUCAUGAACAGUGUGUACAAGAACCAGCCAUAUACACACCAAAGUGGUGGUUGUGGUGACCCUGGCCUGUAUAUCCAUCUCACUCCAGAGUACCUCAUAGAUCGAGCCCAAGCUGCCUGGUGGGGGCCUCGCGGUAAGGUACUACUGCUGGAAUGGGCCAAGUACAGGUGGGGUGUGUUUGAUGAACUGGGAUAUCCUGGUGAUGAAAGCUUCCCACUCUUCUAUGUCUGGGAUGAAAACACUAGUGGAGUUCCAGGUGGUGGGACUAUACUUCCCACCUACUGUGCCAACAUACCAGUGGAAGGACGUCGUAUAGACAAGAGAGGGAGGAGUAUAUGUUCACUAACACCCCAAGGAGAACCUGAUAAAGACUGCCGGUUUCUGCCAUACAGAGACCAGCGCGCAACCUCCUCACUUAUGUCGUACCCACUCAUCUUCAGUGAUACGGUUGUAGAUUUCUGUAGUGGACCAGAUAGUGACCAUCCCCACAAUGCUGUGGCUCCAACAAAGCAAAAUCUUUUCUGUGGUGGCCGCUCUGUAUGGGACAUCAUGAUGAUGCAUGAAGACUUUGCAAAUAAUGCGAAUCCUCCAACGGAACGGUACAUGGAUCCUGAAAUACAAGUAAUACAACACGCCGAUGCCAAUUAUGCUUUGGUACUUGACUACUCAGGCAGUAUGAAUGACCAUUAUCGUAUACACAAGCUUCGGAAAACAGCUCGACGUUGGAUCUUACAUGAAGUGACUGAAGGCAGUUAUGUGGCAAUUAUAAAAUUUAGCAAAAGGGCCAGUCUGGUACACCGGUUAUCACAAAUCACAGAUGAAGCCUCAAGAAAAACUCUUGCAGACUCAAUUGAGACUAAAGCAGAUGGUGGGACUAGUAUUGGAGCUGGGCUUUAUGUGGCAGUUAAGAAGAUCCUGGCUAAUGUGAAGAACCCUGUUAUCCUGCUGAUUACUGAUGGUGAGGAAAAUGAGAAUCCCAGAAUUAAAGAUGUCCUACAGAAUGUCCUGGACUCGGGUGUGCGCGUCAUUACAGUAGCUUUUGGGGCAGAAGCUGAUCCAAAAUUAGAAAAAAUUGCAGAGAUGACUGGUGGUAAAACAUUCACUGUUAAUGAUAUUGAUGAGGGCCAUAUGCUGGAGGAUGCCUUUGAUGGAGCUCUCACUUACCAGCCGCCACCGCCCCGCAGUAACACCACUGUCACGAUUCAUGAAGAAGUUUACAGAGGCACUGAACGGUAUGCUGGUUCAAAAUUUAAUGUAGACUUUACAAUUGGGAAAAACCUGGUUCUGAGAUUAGACACUGAUGAUCGACAACAUAUUGUUCAUGAACCUCAUAUGGUGCGUCCUGAUGGAAAUAUUGUUGGUGGUGCUGUUUUUGAUCCAAAUACCUUCACAUGGAUCCUUACUGUACCAUUAGCAGAGGAAGGGGAAUGGAAGUGGCGCGUGGGAUUAUCAGGAUCACCAGAUAAUUUUAUUCGUGUGAAAGUGACUGCCCAGACUCGUGAUCCUACUGUCCACCCCAUCACUACAAGGGCAUGGAUAAGCAGUGGUACCCGGGAAGUCAAUGCCACAAGAGACAGAGUGAUCAUCUAUGCUGAAGUUAAACAAGGAAAUAACCCUGUUGUCAAUGCUGAUGUCAGAGCUUUGGUAACACCACCUAGUGAGUUUGAGCCUGAUCAAGAAUACAUACUUUUGGACAAUGGUCAAGGAGCAGACAUUCAAUCUGGAGAUGGUAUAUACUCCCGGUACAUGACGCAUUACUCUGCAACUGGCCGCUACAGUGUCAAGGCUCAGGUUACAGAUGGAGGAACAGCAGUUAUUAAUAGAGGUUUCCUCACUUCAUCUCAACGUAAACGACGUUCAGCUGAAAAUGAUGAGGAUUUUGAAGAAAGACCUGACUAUUGCUGUGGAAGUCACAUCCCCCUGCACCAUAAAAAUACUCAGGUCACUGGCACCUUCAACAGAAUAUCUGUCGCUGGGUCAGUUAAGGUAACAGAGAUUCCAGUGAUAGACAAUCAGCCUCCAGCAGCAGUAAGGGAUCUUCACAUUGUUCUCCUGGAUGAUAUACAGACUGAUACUCUCUCAAGUUUUUACAAUGUCAGUCUCAGUUGGACUGCUCCUGGAGAUGAUCUAGAUGUUGGUAAUGCAUCAUCUUACAUACUUCGUAUGACAAAAAAUAGAAGUGACUUGGCAGAGAAGUACUUUAAUAAUGCAUCCAAGGAGACUCUAAUCGACACGAGUGGGUACCCAUUCGGUGUUGAAGCUGGAGAAAAAAUUAACAUAACCCUGAAACUAUUCCUUGUAAGUGAUGUUACGUUCUACUUGGCUCUUCGGGCAAAGGAUGAAGCGGGAGGAGAAAGCCCUGUGUCCAAUAUUGCAGUACUACGAUUAGAAGUUAACCAUCAUCUUCUACAGCCAGAAUAUCCCCAGCUGUUGCUGCCUGUUUGGGCAAUAACACUGAUUCUUGCCCUCUUGGUGCUGUUAAUUAUUUUUGUGUCAGUAAUAUUGGCAUCAAGAAAGUAUGGAGUCACUGGAGGUGGUAGAACACUCGUAUUCAGCUUCAAUAUGUCUUAACGUUUGACAUUUGAAUAUUUGAAGGUAUUCAAUGACCCUUUAUGAGUGCGCUUAAUUAAUCACAUGCACAAGCUUACUUUACUGCUGUUCUUGCUAAUGAUCUGUGCAGGAAACUGUGCUGGUUUCCUUCUUGUACUUUCCAUUUUUAAUUCAAAGGGUAAUCAGUUAUCUACUUAAGGUACUUUAUCAUUAAAGAAUGUACUUUACUCGCCUAGUUGUGCUUGCAGGGGGAUGAGUGAACGCUUCUUGGAACUCUUCAGAGUAGUCUGAGGAGUUAUUGAAAAUAUUGUUCGUACUGUAUUUAGCUAGGCAUCACUAUCACUAUUUAAUUGUUUUAUUCUUUUUUAUUUGUCAUCUAGGGAUAUUUUUUUUAGAUGGCUUACAUCAGAAAAGCUUUUUUCUUGGUUAUCAUGUUCUUUUUCAGUUAAAUUCUUCUUAUAUGGGCCUAUAUAUGGCUUGAUAAUAUCAGUGUUUAAUAAUUAAAUUAGUCGUGAAAUAAGCCCUGUUGGUACAUAAGUGUCUGUGGAAUUAGAUCUACAGUACUGUACUUAAAAUUUUGAAUAUGUAAUUAAAAAUAUUUUUCCAAAUAAACAGAUUGGUUUAGUUAGCCUACUCAAUGUAUAGAAGGCUUAUAAAACACCUCUCAGAUGGCAUUCAUUACAAGAUGUUUUGUCAUUUACCACAGGAUGCUUUCAGUAUUUGCUGGGUACAGUAUUUAAAAUUAUGUUUGGAUGACGAAGUCUGUCAUUUGGACAGUGGCCAGCACAGUCCCAAUGUGCUGGCCACUGUGCAAUCAUAAUACUUGUAUUCAAGUCCCAAGUUAAUCCCAGCAACAGGACACAUACAUUUCUGCACCAUUUCCUUUCAACUCAUGCCUCUGCCUACCUAAUAGUAAAUUGAUACUCGGAAGUUAGGUUGCAUCCUGGGGAAAAUCUGUAUUUGGCCUGGGAGACCUCAAUGAGCCUAAACAGGCUUAACUUUCCAUAGCGUUGGGAAACCAUACCAAACACCAACCCUGUUCACUGCUUGGCUUACAUAGAUGAUUUAAUUGUAUAUUAUUACUGACAACACAAUUUAGCACAGCAUCCUCAAUGCAAACAGCACUCGCCCUCUUCACUGACUAGACACAAUAAUGAAAGCAGAAAAUCAGCAACAAUAUAACAUGUUUCCAAAUCUUCAUUAAAAAAUAAUUGUUGAAAAGCCCACCCCUAAUGAUAAUGAGAACACUACUACCUUAGAAUGCACUUUGAUUCUCCACUCCUUACCCAGAGAACCCACAUAAGACAUCUGAAAUAAGCCGCCCAACCAAAACUCUCAAUCUUUAAUGCCCUCAGCACUUCCUGGGAAGCACACCACAAAAUACUGCUCUGCUUCUAAACAACAAACACUCAAAGUCAGCUCGACUACUGUUGGCAGGCAUAUAUCAUCUGCGGCAAUGACUAGCCUCCAGAGACUGCAAGUCACUCAAAACAUUGCCAUGCUCGCUGAAUUAGCAUCAGUGGCGCACUGUGUUCAUUUCCUACACCUAAUCCUUCAAGUGGGACAGUUCUCAUAAGUCAAGCCACAGGAAACGACAGUGUGUACAAACUAUCAGGCUUCUGCUGCGGUGCACACUCAACACAUCCCUGCCAACCAAAAUUUAACCUGUAAAACCCUUGUAUACUCACCACCCAUCCUCAACCUUUCAUUUAUAUUUAAAAUUUUAGCAGGAAUUAUCAACAGAUAUGUGUAAAGUAUGUGAAUUAGAUGUUAUGUCAUCACAGUGAAACAUCUGAAAAAAAAAUUAAAUAUUUAUCAAACCCUGUAAGAGAUGAGUAACCAACAGAGCUAAUUACUGUAUAUGAUAUUUUGAUUUAAAAUUACCUAACAUGGUAACUAGUGCUGUUGGUUAGUAAUCCAUCCAUGUAUCUGACCAUUCUGUUUCUGUAAUAAAUAAAUGACUCAUAGUAUUUACUACACAUAAUGUUUCCAAUUUGGUUUUGUAACUUCAUUAGGUGGAAAGUUGAAUAUAAUACAGUAAUGUACAGUAACCAUGAGGACUUAAGAAAAUACUGUAUAUUAAAUAAGCAAAAAUAAAAAAUAAUAGUUCUUAAUUUCUAACUUAUUAUUACAAUCUAUAAGUGCUGUAUAUACAUAUAUAUGACAACUAUAAAUACUUAGUAGAUAUAAGGUAUGUCAUGACUAAUCUUCAAAUGUUUGUACAAAGACAAACUUUUACUGUAAAAAAGUCUAAAUCAGUUUUGGUGAGUUAAGUUACCAGUUUAUAUUGUAAAUCUUUUUCUGACUAUUAUUAUUUCUGCCAAAGAAAUUGAUUAAUACUGCAAUUGCUCGGUAAUUCCAAUUCCAGUAACCCAAAUAUCCAAAUACUGUACAGUAAUCUGAAUAAAUUCCUGUUAGUGUUUAAAUUGAACCCAAAUAGGAAUUUGGAUUACUAAAAUUUCUCCCAAACAAAAACCUGAAUAAAUUAAAAAAUUGAGUUCUUGACCUCAGUAAACCAAAUUUUUAUUUGUAUAGAAAUUCCUGCAGAACAUCUAAUCUGAAUAAAUUUGAGUUUAAGUGAUUGACUUCUCAAUUCAAAUAGAAAUUCGGGCCACUGAAAUUUCUACAAAACAAAAACCUGAAUAAAGUCAUUUUUUUCAAGUUUUUAGAUUCCCAGUAAAAAAAUUUUGGAUAACUCUAAUGUCCUGCUAAUUUAAAUGUAGAUGGGUCCCAUAUAAUUCAGAUUACCGAGUCUAGACAGUACUGUACUUUUUAUAUAAAUAUAAUGCUGGUAGUGGAAAGGCAUUUACCAUAUAUUAUAGCAGUUAUGCAGGUGUGAACACUGUAUAGGUAAAUGAAUGAAUGACAUUGUUUAUUGAAGUAGCACAAUGAAAUAAACAUCAAAUAAU